GAAUUUCAGGCUUCCGCCAUCUUUCCAGCCUUAGUCGGACGGGCACGGAGACCCUUCUGGAAGGAACGCCGCGAUGGCUGCGCAGGGAGAGCCCCGGGUCCAGUUUAAACUUGUAUUGGUUGGUGACGGUGGUACCGGAAAAGCGACCUUUGUGAAACAUCAUUUGACUGGUGAAUUUGAGAAGUAGUAUGUAGCCACCUUGGGUGCUGAGGCUCAUCCCCUAGUGUUCCACAGUAACAGAGGACCUGUUAAGUUCAGUGUGUGGGACACAGCUGGCCAGGAGACAUUCGGCGGACUGAGGGAUGGCUAUUACAUCCAGGCCCAGUGUGCCAUCCUAAUGUUCGAUGUAACAUCCAGAGUUACUUACAAGAAUGUGCCUAAGUGGCAUAGAGAUCUGGUGCGAGUGUGUGAGAACAUCCCCAUCGUGUUAUGUGGCAACAAAGUGGACAUUAAGGACAGGAAAGUGAAGGCAAAAUCCAUUGUCUUCCACCGAAAGAAGAAUCUUCAGUACUACGACAUUUCUGCCAAAAGUAACUACAACUUUGAAAAGCCCUUCCUCUGGCUUGCUAGGAAGCUCAUUGGAGACCCUAAUUUGGAAUUUGUUGCCAUGCCUGCUCUUGCCCCACCGGAGGUUGUCAUGGACCCAGCUUUGGCAGCGCAGUAUGAGCCCGACUUAGAGGCUGCUCAAACAACUGCUCUCCCGGAUGAGGAUGAUGACCUGUGAGAAUGAAGCAGGAGCCCAGCGUCAGAAGUCUAGUUUUAUAGGCAGCUGUCCUGUGAUGUCAGCGGUGCAGCGUGUGUGCCACCUCAUUAUUAUCUAGCUAAGCGGAACAUGUGCUUCAUCUGUGGGAUGCUGAAGGAGAUGAGUGGGCUUCGGAGUGAAUGUGGCAGUUUAAAAUAUACCUUCAUUGUUUGGACCUGCAUAUUUAGCUGUUUGGAACGCAGUUGAUUCCUUGAGUUUCAGAUAUGAGACUGCUGCAGUCACAUCACAAUAUUCAGUGGUGAAAUCUUGUUUGUUACUGUCAUUCCCAUUCCUUUACAUUUAGAAUCAGAAUAAAGUUGUAUUUCAAAUAUCUAAAAAAAAAA